CAACAUAAUUGUCCAGUACGAUUGUGGCGUCCAGGGCGCGUGGACAGUGAUCGCAAAUACCUUUUUAUUUUUUGAAUUAAUUUAGUCGUGGGAAAUAAAAUAUACAGCCCUGACUAUUGUUAAAUAAACUUUUUUAGUGGUUCGAAUUUUAAAUUAAUUUGUUUUUUUUCUUCGAAUGUGAUUUCGAUUGUUGAGUGAUGAGUUUUCGUAAUAAAUUGUGUAUCGAAUAGAGAAUUCAAAUGAAAUUGUUCACGGACUUCACAGUUAAUUGAUAGUUUAAAAUUUAUUCUUUACAAUGUGGCGUUUAUUCCUAACCAUUGCUUCCAUGCUGGUGCUGGUGGCAGGUCAUGGGCGAGUGAUUCAGCCAACGUCCAGGGCCUCCGCCUGGCGAGCAGGGUUCCCCACCAAGCCAGACUACGAUGACGAUGGCGUCAAUUGCGGAGGCAUGUGGCACCAAUGGAGUUACAAUAAGGGCAAAUGCGGCAUUUGUGGCGACAGGUACGAUGCCAAGCCUCCGCGCGCCCACGAACUCGGCGGCACCUACGGAGAAGGCAUCAUAGUCGCGCAUUACCUUCCUUCAUCCGUCUUUACCGUCACAGUCCACCUCACCACCUCCCACAAAGGAUUCUGGGAGUUCAAACUGUGCCCCGAUCCCCACAGGAACGAUCAAGAGUGCUUUGACGAAUACCCCCUAGAAUUAGAAGAAGGGGGCACGAAAUACUAUCCUACACGGGGCAGUGUGAAAUACGACGUCAACUAUCGGUUACCAUCAGGUCUGGUGUGCGACCACUGUGUUCUGCAGUGGAGGUAUACAGCCGGGAAUAAUUGGGGUAUCUGUCCCAAUGGUACUGGGGGGUUGGGGUGCGGGAAUCAGGAGCAGUUCGGGGCCUGCUCUGACGUAUCCAUAGGGGCUGGUAAGAGUGGACUUAAGUACAAGCCUGAGGGAUACGACGAUAUGCCCUCGGUUUUACUUCACUAUUUGUCAAAGGGAUACUAUGAUUUACAAGGUAAGAAUGAUCGAGACAUUGUAAAUAACGAGUUGGAUUAUUUAUAAAUAAAUUAAGGUGUAUAUUUUGUA